UGCACACCAGUUCGAACAAUAUAGUGGACGCAGUCAAGGCUAAUGCAACUCUUCACUUAACGUGAAGACAAAUGUAUACUAUCAUCCCGAAUUCAUUCUUAACGUUGUUUAAGACAUGAGCGCGCCCACUCCUUGAGGUUCACAAGGUCGUUGCACCUCUCCUCCUAACAAGAGACGUUGUAGCAACUCACCAUUCAUUCAUUGUACUUCAUUGAUCAGUUGUUUAAAUUAUUCGAUAAUAGUAUCGACCAUAUUUUUGUAUUUGUAAUAAUUCCAUAACAGUAUCGAUUAUCGAAGGUUUGCUUGAAUGUGUGUAUGCUUACUCUCUUAAGACAUGUCUAGCCUAUGAAUGUGUGCCUGCUUACUCGCUUAAGACAUGUCUAGCCUAUUUAUUAUUGCUUGCGUAUAAAUACUUAAUCAUUAUUCAGCAAACUGAGAUUUGGCUUACUUGCCUUCUCCAAAUCGCUUCUCAAAAUGAACUAAUCCGCAAAAUCGUGUUUGUCUUUUUACUACUGCCGUCGCACAAACGGGCUUUGUCUAAGUGUGAUAAACGGAAAUGCACAGGAAGAUUUAUUUCAUUGAACGUUCGAUCAUUCGUAAACAUUGGAGUCCAGUUGUGAGCCGCUAAAACAUAAAUCUCUUGGAUUGAAUGCAAAGACGAGCAACAUAAUGGUAAAUAAGAUUGAAAGAUAAUACGUAAGAAUAUAGACUACAGCACUUGUGGGUAUUCUCCUUGAGUUACAGGAGAAUCAGAAGUCACCUGAUUUUGGUAAACAACGUAUUAGUCACAUCAAUACAUCCGAUGGUAAGCAUCUUACCGAGGCAUCAACAUCACAUCCUUCAUGGUUAUUUUCAUGAAAUUGCACAUAGAAGAGCGAACGGUCAGCUUCGUGCACUUUUUCUUAUUGAGAGUUUUCGCAACUUGGAAUGCUCUCCCAUCGGAGGUGACCACAUCCACUUCAGUGAACAGCCUUAAGAAGGACUUGUAAACACGUACUGGCUGUCGAGUGUUUAGACAACCAUCCAUUGAACAUCACCAAACACCUGUACACUCCCGAAAGAACGAAAAUCGAGCGCAAAGGAACAGGUUGGUUUAUAACUGCUCGUGAAAAAAUUUCGAAUAUUGGAUAUUGGAUAUAUGACUUGACCUUACUGUCAUAACGACUGGGAACGAAAUUUUGAAAUAUUUAUUUGUAGCGCAUUCUAAAUCUUGCUCUAUCAGAUCCUUUUUAAGAUCGUCAUAUUAUCUUCACUACAGUAUACAUUUGUAAAAUGUGAGUUCACACUAUGAGGCUGUUGAUUCGCCUAGUUAUUUAUAUUUUGUGCAUUCUGAAAACAGGUUUCUCGCACUGCAUGCUUCACAGUAUUGUCGUGGAACACUUCUACACUAGUAAGUGAUUCCACAUCAAACGUGACUUGACCGAAAGCCGAAUUUCAUGGCAUCAAUUAUUUCAUUUCAGCUCCGAUGGCGUCUCGUUCGGCUGCACAAUGCCAAUUCCAUUUGGUUAUCGGUCAAUCAUAUCAGCAAACGCUUUCUUUCCCACUGAGUCCUAUCACAACCAGACUCGAGUGUUGAAGAGCAGUCAGCAGGUUCUGAAUCAAAACUUGAAUUUUACCUGAUUUUCAUAAGCUGUUACGUGAACCUCUCAACUACAGCUUCUGGCAAUACCGAGAUGGUAGAAAUUAGUGAAAGAAUAGUUGAAGAAUACAAAUAUGAGUCACCACCGAAUCACAUUUUGAACACAGAAAUUUUCUGGAAGAUAGGAUCCAAUAAAUUGAUCGCUGUUGAACCUGCUGAAAUACAUUUUGAUAACAGUGGAUUUUGUCCGCGAGAAGCUGUUAUGACGAAACGAUUCGAAUUAAAAAAUAUAUCUGGUCGCGUAACAUGUUUGCAUAUAUUGCCUCCAGAUACCAAGUACUUUCGGUUGUCGUAUAAAAAGCCGAGAUGUUUGGUACCUGGUUGCAGUAUUGUAUGCCGUCUGAUGUUUUUCCCUGAAGAACCGGGUUAUUAUGAAGAUUGUAUUCGUGUUCAUACCGAAG